AUAAGUGUUUCAUUCGCCAAUGCCGAUCGGUCAUUUUUCUUUCCAUGGAGCACCUCCUCCAUUCCUCCUUCAAUCUUAAACUCAUUUUUUAAAAAUUAUAAAUUUAAAAUAAAUAUUAAAAUGUUUAGGAAUACUCGUGUCCAUUGGACUAUUCAGAACCAUUACGAUGUACAACCCAGGAGAUUUGACUCGUCACAUAUCUGCCCUUACAUGCAACGACUGCUUUGGUGUUUUGACUGUAAAAUUCGGAAUUCACAAAUUCUUACUGGGCCUGCCGCCAUCAUGGCUGCACAACGUCAACGAAUUUGCAGAGAAUCAAGAAAAGGCCGCUCAUCCCUACUCAAACAUGUCUUAUAGCUUGGCAAGCUCGGGACCUCAGUGUCCAAUAGCAGCACGAUGCAUUAAGGUGCCAGACGUACUUUCGAGUCGAUUGCAGGAGCCAUUUUCAUCGAUUCCGAAGGUUCCCUUACGAAAUUCAUUUCAACCCUUCCUCGAUGACGCUAACAGUUAAAAAAAUGAAUUUUAGACCUCCCAUUAAAAUAAUUUAAAAAAAUAAUAAUUUUCCAUAGCUCACUUCAA